UCUGAACCAGCAGCAGGAUCUUGCAACAGAAACCGAGCAGAAGUCGGAGGGUAGAUCACGGUAGCAGAAAAAUGUCUUCAGAUCACGAAUCAAAGCUGCAGCUGGUUCACGCGCACAUCCGGGUCUUCCCGGACUUUCCAAAGAAAGGAAUCAUGUUCAGAGACAUCUGUCCCAUCCUGAAGGACGCCGCUACUCUGACAGCAGUCACGGACCUGUUUGAAGAACAUGUGAGGAGCAACCACCCUCAGGUUGACCUGAUCGUUGGUUUAGAUGCUCGUGGUUUCCUGUUCGGACCUCUGCUGGCCCAGAGGCUUGGCAUCGGCUUCGUCCUGGUCCGGAAGAAAGGCAAGCUGCCCGGAGCCACUGUGUCUGUGUCCUAUGAUCUGGAGUACGGGAAGGCUGAAGCAGAGAUCCAGGAGGAUGCUGUAGCUCCUGGUCAGAAGGUUCUACUGAUUGAUGAUCUUCUGGCUACUGGAGGGACGCUGUUGGCAGCCUGUGAGCUGAUGUGUAAGCAACAGGCGGAGGUUCUGGGCUGCAUGGUGGUGCUGGAGCUGAAGGAGCUGAAGGGCAGCGACAGACUCAAACCACACUCGCUCUUCUCUCUGGUUCAGUACUGACACCACCUCACAGGAAGCCUGGGUCCUGGUCCAGGUCCAGCUCAUCUGUUCCGGUGUGUUUCCAGCAGAGACCCUGCAGGAUGAGGGAGGAACUACCUGGACGGACAUGUAAUCUCUGCUGCUGAUGGUCACGGUGUUUGUCUGAUUUUAUUUCCCAGGUUUCUGGACCCAGUUUCAGUCUGAGUGAUAACUGAUCAGGUUUACAGCUUCAUAAUGGCCAGAAUUUCUGUCUGCUGUAAAGUUUUUAACUGUUGAUUCUGUGGCUGAAAACAGAAUCUGGACCAGUCUUAAUGCAGAUCUGCUUUCUGAUUCUUCUUUUUCUUUAGCCUGGAUCAUUAUGUCUCAUUAAAUAUGCAGAUUUCCAUGAAGCUCCGUCACAGAAUUAAAAUCUACUGGUUUCUA